CAAUGGACAAAAAUAGGCUAUAUUUGUUAAAUUAAAAAUGUUUUACAAUCAAUGAUCUCUAUUUUCGCUAGAUAACUACAGUUAUGUAUUCUUAAAUGUGUUUACAAACGAAUCUCAUGAAGUGUUAAAGCACCAAAAAUCAUGCAGUCUGAAUCUCAAAAGCCAAUGGAUUUCGAUAAAAGUAGAUCCAACAAAAUGAUCACUGAAUCUCAGAGUACUUGUUACUGCGGGAAAGACCGAAAUUUAAAUAUUGCUGAACUGCUUUGUGCUUCUUGCAACCGGUGGUUUCAUGAAUCAUGUAUUGGAUAUCAACUAGGAAAGCUGGUUCCAUUUAUGACAAACUAUCUCUUCAUUUGUAAAAACUGUUCACCCACUGGUUUGGAAACUUUCAAGAAAAAUCAAGCUCCAUUUCCUCAGAUGUGUCUGACAGCAAUAGCAAAUCUCAGACAAGAGAGUGUCAAGGAUGGAAGUAAUAAACUUUUGUUCAGCAAAGACCGGGAGAUCAUACCUUAUAUAGAUCAAUACUGGGAGGCUAUGACAACAAUGCCUAGAAGAGUAACACAAUCAUGGUAUGCAACUGUGCAAAGGGCUUUGAUCAAAGACAUUCAAGUGUUGUUCACAUAUGAAGAGGACCCAUCUGUUGGCCCAAUGUUUGGAUUGUUUAACAUGGAGCUCACGUCCAUCAAACCAAACUAUGAAGCCAUGAUCAAACAGGGCCAGUUAAAGGUCACCGACAUGGGGAUAGCUACCGUACCACUCGCGGGUAACGUGAAGGGGCGGCAAGGGAAGCGUCGCCCCGCUGUAGGGGGCGCUACUGACGCGGGCGCUCCGGUCGGCAAGAAGGGCAGGGCGGCCGACCUGUCCGCGCUCAAACUGCCCUCACACGGCUACCCCACCGAGCACCCCUUCAACAAGGACGGCUAUAGGUACAUACUGGCCGAGCCCGACCCGCAUGCGCCGUUCAGACAGGAAUUCGAUGAGAGCAACGAAUGGAGCGGCAAGCCGAUCCCUGGCUGGCUGUACCGCUCCCUCUGUCCCGGGAUCGUGUUGUUAGCGUUGCAUGACCGCGCGCCGCAGCUCAAGAUAUCAGAGGACAGGCUGGCGGUGACUGGGGAGAAGGGAUAUUGUAUGGUGCGCGCUACACAUGGUGUCUCCCGAGGCAAUUGGUACUGGGAGGCUUCCGUUGAAGAGAUGCCGGAGGGGGCCGCGACCCGCGUGGGCUGGGGGCGCCGGUAUGCCAACCUGCAGGCCCCGCUCGGAUACGACAAGUUCGGAUACUCCUGGCGCAGUCGGAAAGGGACCAGGUUCCACGAGUCUCGGGGCAAGCACUACAGCUCUGGGUAUGGGGAAGGCGACACGCUGGGCUUCCUCAUAGUGCUGCCAUCUAGUACCAACACCAAGUAUACGCCCAACACUUACAAGGACAGGCCCUUGGUGAAAUUCAAGAGCCACCUUUACUACGAGGACAAGGACAACAUUCAGGAAUCUCUCAACACAUUGAAACCUUUGCCCGGCAGCAAAAUCUACUACUUCAAGAACGGCGAGUGCCAAGGAGAAGCCUUCAUCGAUAUAUUCCAAGGUUGUUACUACCCCUCCGUGUCCCUUCACAAGAAUGUCACUGUCAGUGUCAACUUUGGACCCAACUUCAAGUAUGCACCGUCCAGCGAAUACAAUUAUAGACCGAUGUCAGAAAAAGCGGAGGAAGCUAUCUGUGAGCAAACCAUGGCUGAUUUAUUAUACUUAACCGAGAACGAGGGCAAACUGAGACUGGACAAUUUUAAUCUCUGAUACAACUAACACCGUUCUGCGGUGUGAAUUAUGUGAAACAUUAUGUGAAUUAUGUGAUAGCUGUAUUAUUAGGUGUAAGGAAGUGAGUGAUGAGAUGAUUACGUGAACAUUGUGUAAGGUUUAUUAUAUUAAAAGUUUACAAUUUACAGUGG